AUGCCCUCCCUACCUGCUGCUUUAGCACUCCGAUUUGUUUCUCGUAAAGGUGGUAACUCCAUUUCUUCACUGGAUGAAGAAGAUGAACGCCGAUUCAAUAACACCCUCGCGAGCGGCGAUGCAAACAAUCAUAACAACAAUACUAAUAACCGUCAUUCCUCUUCAUCAUCACCCGAAAAUGAUCCAUAUUCCUCCACAUCAUCCUCCACAAUCUCUUCCUACUGCCCAUUGCUAACAUCACCCUCAUGCGUGCACUAUGGUUAUCUGUAUAAACGAGGGUUGAAAAACAAGAAGUGGCAAAAACGCUUCUUUUUACUCUAUUCAGAUGGAUUUAUGCUGUACUACAAAUCACAACAAGACAUCAUUUUGAAUAGCGAACACCCGAGAGGAGUGAUAUAUCUGAAACCACAAAAGCAAGUCUUUGUUUCGCGACAAUCGAAUGAUGUCACUCCAAAGACAUCCACGACCAACACUUUGGACCAUUCUUCGCAAGAGGAAAAUUCUACCAUUCCCAAUAAUAACAACAAUUCAUCCUUUCAUGGAUUUGUACUCACUGUAUGCAGCAGAAGGUACUCUCUAGCAUGUGAGUCUGAACAAGAUAAGAAUGAAUGGAUUGAAAAGAUUACAAUGGUCGCUUAUCAUACGGAUCACACUUCAACCCAAAGUACCACCAUUGCAGAAAAUCAUCAUCACAGCACUAGCUCAUCACCUCCCACUCAAACUUUACCGUCCAUGAAUGGUACUUCAAGUAAUCAAACAACGAGCGCAACAGGAACCUCUAAUGCAUGGAUUGGACAAUCAAGAAGAAGGCUUUAUGGAGAUGCUGAGAGAGUGAGUGAAAGUAUCGAUCAAUUGGAACGAGAAGGAAUAUUUAAGAUUUUACAGGGAAUUGAAAGGCUUGAGAAUUUAAUGAAAUUGUUGAAUAAUGAACGCAAUAGUGAGGAAAUUAAUAGUAUAUUUUCAUCUAGGACUCUAUUAGAUCAUUCACAAUUGCCUUAUUACUGUAGAAAUGCUAAUAAUUUUACAAAUCAGAGCCAACACAGCACAACGAAUCCAUACUCGAAUUCUGAAGAUCAGAGUACAACAACAACAAUGGUGAUAGAUAUGAACAGUCAUCCCACAGAGAGAUUACAAGUUUUGAAUGAAUAUCUUUUGAAUGAAUCAAGUCAACGCUUGAAAGAAGUUUACAAGUUUGUGCAGUCUCGAGUGAUAUCGAACAGCAAUGGUCAUUCGGCAACCAAGAGUGAUUGCAGUAUUGAUGGACCAAAACAAAAAGAAUCCAAUUCUUCGAGUCUUGAGGAAGAAAAUGAAAAGCUUAAGGCCAAAAUUCGACAACUCACACUCGAUAAUCAACAACUGCAAGAUAAAAACGAAGAAUAUACCAAACACAAGCAAUUGCUUGUGAAAGAAGUUAAGAAAUUGCGAGGAAUCAUCAAAGAGAAUAAUACCCUGUCAAAUCACCACACCCACAACAAUAAUGCAGACGACUCGAACACUCGUAAUAGCAGUACGAGCAGCAACAGCAGCAAUAGUGCAGAUGAGGAUUAA